CCUUCCGGGUCGGCGGGGCGGAGCGGCCGCACGUGGCCGCGGCAGAAUGAUAAUAAAGAAAAAGAAAAAAGAAAUUCAUGAGGAAACUGCACAGAAAAAGAAAAAGGUGAAAAGUAUUGGCAGCCAGACUAUCGUUAAAAUUGAGGGAGAUGAUCAAAGUGUCAUUAAAACUAAGGAUGAUGACUGGUCUGAGACAAAGGCAAAAACAAAAGGAAAGAAAAAGAAAAAUUUAAAAGAGGAUGAAUGUUUAGACCAAUUAACAUCAAAGAAGAAGAAAACCAAAAAAAAGAAAGUUUGCACUGAAUUACAGGAAGAAGCAUAUUCCAAAAGCUUAGUGAAUGUAGAAAGCCAUCUGGAUUUAGAAACACAAGAAGAACCAGGGGAACAAAUUAAAACCACCAAAAAGAAGAAAAAAAGGGACCAACAUCAUUCCUUCUUAUCGUUGGAGAAUAAUCAGAGUUGUGAUGUAGGCUUUUCAAAUCAUCAUUCAGAUGGUACUCAAGAAACUGAAUUUGCUUUCAAGAAAAGCAGAAAGAACAUUGCUUUGGAUUUGGAAUGGGAUGGUGAGGUAACUAACAAAAAAAGGAAGAAAGGCAUUUUUUCUUUAGCAUUAGAGGACUACCAGGACUGUGAACAAAAACAAUCAAAAAAAGAUCUUAAAAAAAAACACAAAGACAUGUCACAAGAAGAUGUUAGUGGCAAAAAACAUGGAACAGAUACUGUCCAGAAUGAUGGGGAGAGUUAUGUGAGGAAAAAGAAGAAGAAAAAGAAUAAAAAAGAUAAGCCUGCCUCCUUUUUACCACUGACAUGUAAUCAGGACAAUAUCCAUGGAGUUCACGAUAGUCACAUUGCAAUAAAUGACUUCAGAAAAGAAAGGAAUUCCCAGGAAUUUACAUUCAUGAGUAAAGAGGAAGAGGAUAACAUUGAGAACUCUGAGAGUUUUAGAGAAACAAUGAAGAAAAAGAAAAAGAAGAGAAGCAAAGAUGUUUCCUCUUCAAUUUGUGAAGAUAAUCAGGACUACUGUCAUAGAGUUCCUGAUGAGUGUGUUCCUACACAACAAGAAGCUGAGUCUGAAGAGGAGGAGCUUUCUGGAAAAAAACGCAGGAAGAAUAUCAAGGACAAUAAUGAUGUAACCAAGAAGAAAAAGAAAAAGAAGAUUCAAAAAGAAGAGGAAAAAACAUCUGAUUCAAUAUUUGCUAUGAGCGAUGACAGCACAUCUAAAAGCAAAAAAAUAAUGCUACCAGAAAACAAUGAAAAGAAUGAGGAAAGUGGAACCAAGCUAGCUGAAUGUGUCACAGGGGAUGUUGUAGAAAGGGUGUUAUCUAAUUAUAGCCAUCUAUUCUCUGACAAAAAAACUAAAAAAAGAAAAAAAUUACAACAGGAUUCUGCUGAAGAACCAGGCUCACAAGCAAAUAUAAAAAAGAAAAAGAUCAAAAGAGAAAACAUGGAAAAUGAGGUAUUGGAACAUGUGGAUGAUGUAACUAUUGUACAGGAAAAAAAAGGAAACUGUGAUGAAAUUAAUAUAGACAAGGUGAGACGGCAAGCUCUGCAAGAAGAAAUCGAUAGAGAAUCUGGCAAAACUAAGGUUUUCAGCACCAAAGUGGAACCGGAUGCAAAGUUCGGCCAGUGGAGUACAGCUGCUUUUCAAAGUCCUGACCAAGGAAUGAAGUUUCUCAGACUAAUGGGAGGUUUUAAAAAGGGCUCAGUGUCUAUCCAAGAUCUCUCAGCGACUACAAACAAACCGAACAUGGCUCUGAACAGGGAAGGGGAGGAAAAGUUACAGCAGGCCCUGAAAAUGGAAUUUGAUAAAGCAAUGGACUUGAAGCAACACAGAAGAAUUGGUCUUGGAUUCCAACCUGCUGCCAACAAAAAAGUGUACAUAGACAAAUACACAUCUAGAUCUAUAAAAUUUGAAGAUUAAACUCUUAAGUAAUAAAAAGAAUUAAAAUUCAUCAAGAAAAAUA